AUGAAUACCUUUUACUUUUUCAUAGAUGUAGAUGAGUUAGAUGCAUAUUCCAAAUCGCUCAAGAAAAUAUCAUAAAAUUAGGGCAAGAGGAAUGAUCCUUCCAAUAAAGAGAAUAAGACGGGCUAUUAUCAAUUAGAUCUCUCUGAUGAUGAAAAUAAUAAUUCUCAUUUGUAAUCAAUGCAUCAACUAAGAAAUAAAAAUUUUUCUCCCAUUUAAGAGAGAGUGGGCACCUAAUUGAGUUUAGAUACUAACUACUACCAUACUAAAUUGGGCCUCAAUCCAAAUCGAACACAACAAAUGCAAGGAUAACUUCUAAAAAACUAAGAUGAAAGAAUCACCAAAGUCAAAUAGGUUGACUCUCCCAUUGAGGUCAAAGACAGUUAGAAGUUGAAAUCUAGGCUCACCUCGAAUUAUGUAUCUAAGAAUCCCUAAUCUCAAUAAUCUUAUUAUUCUAAACCAGGUGGGUCAAUGGUGUCUAAAUAUCAGCAGUUAACCCGCACAAAAUAAAAUUUACCUUCGCCCAUCGCAUCAAAGAUAUAAAAAAUCUAAGAUUCUAAGUCUUCAAUGUAUUUAAACUCUGAUUUGGAAAUGAGUAAGGAUUUCAGCCAAGGCGGCUUCUCUGAUAAGUCUGUUACUCAAUGCAAGGAUUUUAAAGUAGCGUAUCAAAAGUUAUAAGAUAAGUUUUUAAAAUCUGCAACCACACUUAAAUCUUUCAAAGGACCAUCAGCCACCAAGCUUAUAUUAAACAGCUAGUCUAUGACUUAAUUUGUUGAAAAGAGAGACAAAAGUAGGCAGCAAAAAUAGAAUAAUAACCAAACUACUGAUAUUUAUAACAGGUUGUAUAAAGAGAAAGACAGAUAUUUUGAGUUAAAAAAGAUAGGAAAUAAUGUUAAGCUUGACGAGGACAUGACAGAAUGCACAUUCAGCCCGAAUUCAGGGAAGAAGAAAAAAGAUAAAAAUAGAAGUUUCAACUAGCUCUACUAGGAUAUAUUGAAAUCCCAGCAUAAAUCUAUGUUAAAUUUGGAAAAACUAAGGAAGGAGAGAAUAGAGAAAGAGAUUAGAAAUUUCAGUCAGGAAAGAAGUAAAUCUAAUGAUAAAUCUGCAAUGAGUCCUAGUAAACUAUCUCAAAAACUUUAUGAAAAAGGUCUGGAGAAACUGAAUGAAAAGAAGUAGUUAGCCAAUACUAAAGAUAUGUCUAGGAUAGAUAAAAACUACACAUUUAAGCCAAUUCUGGGAGAGAAAACUAACAACUAUGCUUACUAAAAGAACCCUAACCGUAAAGGCUAGAAUGUUAAUGAGGCUCUUUAUUAAGAUGGCUUGAAGUUUUACAAAGCUUAGAUGACUCCUAAAGCACGGCCAGACUUUGAGUCACCCAGAACUAAUGAGAAAUCAAAAAAGUACUUUGAAAAGCAUCUUGAUAAAACCAUUAUGGAGGGUCUUGGCAAAUUAGAGUUUAAUGAAUUGAAUGGACUCACUGUGUUUGACUUGUUUGAUUUGAUGAGAAUUCUUAAGUAUGCAUCAAAUGAUGACAGGCAAAAGGUUAGUGAGGCAUUCAAACUAAUCAGUAAUGGCGCAUAUCUCGGAUUUGACGAGAUUAAGACUAUUGUCUGUGGCAUAGAAGGACUCUAUAUCGAAAGUUUCAUGAAAGAUAUGCAAAUUAUGAUUCCAAACAAGAAAUUAGGGGCAUCAACUGUUUACUAACUAGACACAGAAGAAAAUUUCGAGAGAAUGAUGGCUCAAUUAAGACAUUUUAAGAUUAACAAAUUUCAAUUUGAGUAUUAGCAUAAACUUAGUGAAAAGAAAUAAUAAUAGUUGUCACCAGUAGGUCAGUUCAGACCAACUCUAAGUAAGAAAUCAGUUCUCAUUGAGAAGAAGAAAGAAAAGUCAUUGGGCGGCUCUCAAGAAAGAAGCAGGUCCUUAAUGGAAAGAGGGAGACAGUACGAAAAAACAAAGCUUAAGAAAAUUGAGGAGAAACUUGAAAGAGAACUGGCUAAUUGCACUUUCAGGCCUCAGACUAUCAAUUAUAGCUUCCAGGACCCAAAUAUUUUAAGCAGACACAAUCCAGACGAUAAAUAUAAGAAGUAGUUUCUAAAUGUAAUUCACAAAAUCGGGUUGAGAGAGGGUGAGAAGAGAGAUAAAACGACAGAAGAGGUUCAGUUCGAGAAGUAGAAGUAGCAAUGCACAUUCAAGCCCUCAAUUAACAAGCCUCGUUAAUCCAAACACAGAUAGCAGCCUAGGUAUUUGGAAUCUAGGACUUAGUAAAAAAGUAGAGAGUCCUCUGCAUCUCCUCAAAAGCAAUAGAGCCAAAGGAAUGUCACACCCUUCAGUUUGGAUAAAUCUAAAAUAGAUUCCCCUGUCCAAUUGAGUGGCAGAUGUUCUAUUGAUAAUAUCAGUGAGUAAAGACGCAGAGAGAUUAUAAAGAGAAAUCUUAUACAUCCUUCAUUAGAGGAUUCAGGAUAGGGUCCAAUAUAAAUAUCAUAACCACCCUUGCUAUAUUUAGAGGUUAAUAUCAGUGAGGGGUUGCAAGCCAGAUUAAUGGUGUUUGACAACGAUAAUCAUGAAGAGGUGGUUGAAGUUUUCUCAGAUUACUAUUCAAUUGGUGGAGCUAAGAAGACUAGACUUCAGGAGAUAGUUAAAAUGCAGCUAGCAAAAAUACUCUAAAACAUUGGUGAGGCAGUUGAUGAAGAGGAAGAAUCUCACAUGGAUAUUAAGAAUUCAUGA